AUGGUCAGCUCCUGUUGUGGCUCCGUCUGCUCUGAGCAGGGCUGUGGCCAGGAGACCUGCUGCCGCCCAAGCUGCUGCCAGCCCCAGUGCUGCCUCUCCAGCUGCUGCCGCCCCAGCUGCUGCCAGCCCACCUGCUCUCGCCCCAGCUACAGUGUGUCCAGCUGCUGCAGGCCCCAGUGCCGCAUCUCCAGCUGCUGCCGUCCCAGCUGCUGCCAGCCCACCUGCUGCCAGCCCACCUGCUGCAGGACCACCUGCUCUCCCCCCAGCUGCAGUGUGUCCAGCUGCUGCAGGCCCCAGUGCUGCAUUUCCAGCUGCUGUCGCCCCAGCUGCAGCCAAUCUGUGUGUUGCCAGCCCACCUGCUGUCGCCCUAGUUGCUGCCUCUCCAGCUGCUGCCAGCCCUCUAGCUGUGGCUCCAGCUGCUGCCGCCCCAGCUGCUCCAUUUCUAGCUGCUGUCGGCCCUCUUGCUGUGGUUCUAGCUGCUGUGGCUCCAGCUGCUGUGGCUCCAGCUGCUGCCGCCCCUCCUGCUGCCUGCGCCCAGUCGGUGGCCGGGUCUCCUGCCACACCACUUGCUAUCGCCCCACGUGUGUCAUCUCCACCUGCCCCCGCCCCGUGUGCUGCCCCUCCCCUUGCUGCUGA